GCUAGCUUAGGGCCGUUCCGUUCCAUUGUGCUGCUUGCGGUGAUAAUUACAGGACCGGUGAGUGGCACUCGGAUCCCGUUUGUCGUUACGUGGAAUGUUGACUGGACAGCGCGCGCUCUCUUCUUCAGUAAACGUCGCGCGGUUGUCAGCCGACAAGAUGAGGAUCUCCCCGUGGGACCGCUGGUUCUCCACCAGCUGCUGUGUGUGCUGCCAUGUCCGCACAGGGACCAUCAUCUUGGGGGUCUGGUACAUGCUCAUCAAUGCCGUGGUGUUGCUCAUCCUGCUCACAGCGCUCAGUGAUCCUGAGCAGUACCACCUGACCAGCGCUGAGCUGGCUAAUGACCUGGAUGUCAUGGAUGAUGCCAACAUGUGCAUCGCCUCAGCCAUCUCCCUGCUGAUGGUACUGAUCUGUGGAAUGGCAACAUAUGGUGCAUACAAGCUGCGAGCUGCCUGGAUCAUCCCGUUUUUUUGCUACCAAAUAUUUGACUUUGCUCUCAAUGCACUGGUUGCUGUGAGCAUUGUAGUUUACCCAAACACAGUACAAGACUACCUGCAGCAGCUGCCUGACAACUUCCCCUACAAAGAGGAGAUUGCUGCUCUAAGUAACGUGUGUUUGGUCCUCACCGUGCUGCUCUUCAUUGGCUCCAUUCUCAGCUUCAAGGCCUACCUGAUGGCAUGUGUGUGGAACUGCUACAGAUAUGUGAGUGGGCGGGGGGCUUCAGAAAUCCUGCUCUAUGUCACCACCAAUGACACCACGAUCGUUAAAUCCGGGGCCGGAACAUGUGCGGUGCUGCUGCCUCCGUAUGAUGACAGCGUCAGCGUCCCUGCUAAACAGGCUCCUCAACUGUACACCACUGCCACGGCAUAAGAAAUAUUCUGAGGUUGCUGCUGACUGAAGCCUGCUGUUACUUUCCCCCUUCCUCCCCCCGCCCCCCUCCUGCCCCAGCAAGAUGUAUGCACCACUCUGCCUCUCCAGCGUCCAGCACAGGCAUUUCAGCACACCCAUGCAUGCACCGAACCAUAUGAAAUCUUUGUAGGCACAUGCACACACCUCCACCACCACCGUGACCUCUUAUCCCUUCACGUUUGUUAUUUGUGAGCUUGUUGUUUCCAGACACGAUGCGCAUCCCAAUGCAUUUGAACCUGGGUGCAAAAUGUCACGAGAAAGUGUUAGAUUCUAUAUAUUUGUAUUAAUUCUAGUCACGCUCUGUGUACAUUCGUGGUAGUAUUUUGUGUCCUACCUUUGAUAGUCCUAUAUUACAUUACAGCACAAAUUCUCAUAAGUGUUUCCCGUUUGUCUGGUUUCGUGAUCGGGGUUGGAUUGCCUUUAUUAUUCAUUACUUUCUCUCUGAUGGGCUGCCAUUUAUAGGGUGAGGGGGCCUAUGUGUGAAGUGUCACCUUGAUUGGUGUUCCCAAAGAAACGUAUCUGCCUAUAUUCUGACAUGAUCUCAAAAAACCUAGGACAUAUAUCGAAAAUAUCGCCGUCUUUUACCGUUUGAUUUUUCUGAUUUUAUCUGGAGUGGAGUUUUGCUGGUUGACCGCCAUCACUUUUAAAUGUAACUGUAUGUUUCUAUCAAUGGACGAGAAAAACGUAUUCCCAGCUAUUUAUCUAUUUUUAAAGCACAUAAGAGGUGCUGAUCUGAAAUCUGUUUGCUGUGAUGAGUCGACUGGAUUGGGGCCUCUCUGUGUCCUGGAGCUCAGUAGACAAGGGCCCUGGUUGUGUUUUUUCAGUUGAAACCAACGGGAGCUUCUGCUCUGCGUAACCACCAAGUCUGCUCCAUCAGAUGCAGCUACUUUUCCAGCUGCUCUUUGGCCAAACAUGUAUGGCAAGGACAGCUGUAUGAGAAAUAAAAGAUGUAACAUUUAUUGGUGUAUUAAAAGUCAAAUUUUACCGGCA